AUGGCGGCGGCGGCAGAGGAUCGGCCGGACGGAUGCUCCCAGUCGACCGUCGAGGCAGACGUUGAACAGGCCUCAACGGUCGCCACUGACUUCGCCUCGGUCGUCUCCACGAUCCCAAACUUCGUUUACGAGAACGGGCGACGGUAUCAAGGCUACUGUGUAGAUCAAUACGGACAGGGAUAUGGGCUAUCGAAAGCAAUGGCAGAGUUAUAUCCUUCAGCCCAGGUUAUUGGGACAGACAUAUCACCGAUCCAACCAAGUUGGCGACCCAACAAUGUUGAAUUCAUGAUGGACGAUGCUCAGCAGGAAUGGACGUUUCCCGAGUCUUCGUUUGAUUUCAUCCACAUCCGUACGCUUGGGGGAAGUAUAUCGGACUGGCCACGGUUAAUGGGACAAUGUUAUAAACGAUUAAAACCCGGUGGCCGGAUAGAAGUAUCAGAAGCUCGUGCUCACUUUUGUUGCGAUGAUGACACGUUCCCCGAAGGUUCAAAGACUAGGCAUUGGCUCGACGAGUUUAACCGCAUCUCCCACUCCUGCGGCCAUGAGUUCGAUGUAUUCCCAUCCUUUGCCGGCUGGCUGCGAAAUGGCGGAUUCACCGAGGUCGAAGAGACGGAAAAGGUCGUACCGGUGGGAACCUGGCCCAAGGAUAAGAAGCUGAAGAUGCGAGGCCGUUAUUUCAUGGCACAGUUUCUGGGCCAUGCGAUGGAAUCCUAUAGCACGUCGCUGUUCACUCGACUUGGCGGCUGGAGUGCCGACGACCUCUGGAAGCUGCUCAAUAGCGUGACUGAGGAGGUCAGUUCGUUUGCCAUUGCAAAGAGACCGGAGCAAGCUUGA